AUGAUUUGGUCAUUCAAGAAGGGCAAAGAGCAUAAAUCAGUGCUGCCUCGUAACCAUGACAACCACUUGAUCGCUAACUAUAGUCACCUUAGGCAUGAUGAAGACCUGCAGCAACCAAGUCAACGCCGAGAGGAGCAGCAGGGGAGAGCAAUAAAAGGGACAACAGGAGAUCAAUGUACGAAAUACAAUAAAAUGUACCUUUUUCUCACUUUGCUGGCAUUCUCAGUAAUAUACAUCGCAUGUGUAUUAACUCAACCAAUUGCUCAUUUAUCGCCAUCAUUUCUGUACAAGGACAUCAAUACGAUAAUUUCAUUUGGUGAUUCGUAUACCACCAGGUACUUGGAUAUGGAUUCUCUGACUUAUGCGUGCCGCAAUUGCACUUCAGCAGGUGGUCCGAAUUGGGUGAUUUAUCUUACAGAUUCUACACAAUGGAUUAGUUGGGAUUUUGCGUAUAAUUCUGCACCAGUGAACAACAGUAUCGUCAACCAAGUGCCCACAGUCGUCGAUGUGAGCACACAAGUGCGCAAUCUGUAUCAACAAAUCUUUGUAUCACCUACCAAGAAAAUCUCUGGUAUUGUGGAUUCUGUUUACAAUAAGAGAGGCAUCCAGCACACGCAUGAAUCGACAUUGGUUACAAUUUGGGUCGGAAUAAACGACAUUGAUCUAACGUACAACUGGAAUUCAACAGAUGAACUCGACUUACUCAUUAUGCAUCGAUACCAAGUCCUCAUCAACGAACUGAUUGAAAAAGGAGAACGGAAUUUUAUGCUGAUCAAUGUGCCACCCAUCCACAGAGCCCCUAUAUGGCAUAAUACAGAGAAUGAGAAAUUGAUCGAAACCCGUGUCAUAGGUCAGUCUACGGAUGAUGUAGCUAAUGUCACAUCGUACAUGCGUGCUGACGAUUUCAUUUAUGCAGAAUACAACAAAAAGCUGAAAACGAUGGUGAAGCAUCUCAAGCGUGCACAUGCAUCUGCUAUUACAUUUAUAGAGUACGAUGCAUGGCAGUAUUUCGACAGUUUGUUAGAUGAUCCAAAGGAACACGGUAUAAAAGAUGUGCUCACCUUCUGCCCUGACUGGUCUCAUCCUGUGGAAAACCAUUGUAAGCCCAUUGGGGAAUAUUUCUGGUUGAAUGACCUUCAUCCGACAUUUCAUGUGCAUGAUCUUUUGUCCCAGGAUAUCAAAAGACAUUUACAGCGAUAUAACUGA